AUUCGCCAAAUCGCUAGCCAGCCAGUCAGUGUCAGUUCACCAUCGGCCCGUCGCGGUGCCGGUCUGACUUUUGACGUGUGUUGCGUUAUAGUGUACUUAAUCGGAGUGGAUACUUAACAGAUAUUAUAAUUUCGCCAUUAACGCAAUUUACAUAUACGUUACUUCAGUGAACAGAAGCCUCAUUAUCUCUCCUCUUGAUUCAGCAAAUUUUCAUUGUAUUCCGAAUAACAAACGCUUGUUUUUGCAAACUAACUCGAGAUGAGACGGAAGUAUUUAGGCGUACAUUAUGCAACUAAAGAAGAAUUUUAAAUUCGACGUGAUUACUGGGCAAAAUUGACUGAUAAUAUUUAUAGUUAUAUAGUAAGAGCUUUAAACGUAGUACACAUAUACAAAAGAUUAUAUACACAUUAUUAUUAGUAUUACAAACUAUACCAGUGGUGUUGAAAAGUGCCUGAGAAUAAUGGAAUCGAAAGUUGUUAUUAAAGAAAAGAAUCCUCAUGACAAAGCUAACAUUUUGUCAAAAAUAUUUUUAACAUGGAGCUUUGAUUUAUUCCGCAAAGGCUACAAACAGGGUAUCACCGUAGAACAGCUAUGGCAAGCUCGCCAAAAGGACCACUCGGGCCGGCUAGGGGACCAACUUGAACAAGCCUGGCAAAAGGAGCUCGAAAAUGCCGACCGAAAUGGCUCCAAGCCCUCAUUAACCAAAGCUAUCGUACGAACCUUCUGGUUAGAGUAUAUGCUCUGUGGUUUAUUAGUAGGAUUACUUUUUAUAGUUUUAUGGCCAUUGAUACCAUAUACAUUAGCGUUAUUUAUAAAUUAUUUUUCUGGCGAAGCAACACCGGAGGCAUACAGAAAUGCCCAUAUAUACAACUUUUUGAUGAAUGUAUGUAGCGUAAUGACGGCAUUGAUGUUGAACCAUCUGCAAUUGAGUCAAGGUGCUGUUGGUAUGCGCAUAAGAGUAGCUUGCUGUUCGCUAUUGUAUCGAAAGAUAUUAAAACUAGAUCGAACCGGCCUUAGUAAGACCGAGCCCGGCCAAGUGAUAAACCUGAUGUCAAACGACGUGAUGCGGUUCGACAUGGUGACGCUGUUCCUGCACUACAUAUGGGUGAUGCCGGUUGUGGUGCCCGUGGUGUCAUACCUGGUGUGGCAGCACUUGCGGUGGGCGACCUUCGCUGCCCUGCUGGUCAUCCUAGUGCAGACAGUUCUAGUUCAAAGUUACUUGAGUAGUCGUCAGGGAGUGCUGCGUGGAAAGAUAGCCCAGCGAACCGAUGAGAGGGUUAAGGUGAUGAGCGAACUGGUGAACGGAGUCCAAGUCAUUAAGAUGUAUGCUUGGGAGAAACCGUUUGAGAAGCUAGUCGAUAAAUUACGCAAGAUGGAGGUGAACUUUAUAAUGAGGACAUCGAUGAUCAAGGGUUUCUCGACGGCGCUGUCCGUGUUCACGGAGCGGUUCAUCCUGUUCGCGGCGGUGGUCACGUUCGUGCUUAUGGGCGGCCAGAUCCGGGCCGAGAUCACCUUCUCCCUGGUGCAGUACUUCAACCUCCUGCAGCUUGCCGCUAACAUUUUUUUCCCUAUGGCCCUGGCCUUUCUUGCGGAGGCCAAGGUGUCUGUGAGACGACUUGAGGAAUUCUUAAUGUUAGAAGAGCUGGAGUCAACGAAGGCUAUCAAAGCGAAGAUGAACGCGAAGGAAGCGACAGUGGUGAUCAGUAACGGAACGGAAAAGGAGAAAGCGAGGCACACGGGUCUGGUGGUGGCGGGCGUGUGCGCCAGCUGGCAGCCGGACCCCAUCGUCGACACGCUACGCAAGCUGUCCUUCACCGCGCAGCCCGGCGAGUUCGUGGGCAUCGCGGGGCUGGUCGGUGCUGGGAAGUCGUCUCUCCUGCAAGUGAUCCUGGGCGAGCUGCUACCGUCCAAGGGCACGGUGUCGCUGGGCGGUGCGCGCCUCUCCUACGCCAGCCAGGAGCCGUGGCUGUUCGUGGCCACCGUCCGGCAGAACAUACUCUUCGGCCUGCCAUACGACCGCAUUCGCUAUAAGAAAGUGGUUACAGCUUGCGCUCUGGUCCGCGACUUCGAGCUGCUGCCGCUCGGCGACUCGACGAUGGUGGGGGAGCGCGGCAUCAGCCUGAGCGGCGGACAGCGCGCACGCAUCGGCCUCGCCCGCGCGUGCUACAGACAGGCGGACAUCUACCUGUUGGACGACCCGUUAUCGGCGGUGGACACGCACGUGGGCAAGCACCUCGUUUCGGAGUGCGUGAACGGGCUGCUGCGGCACUCUACGCGCAUACUCGUCACACACCAGCUACACCACCUCAAGACUGCUGACAAAAUCAUCAUCCUGCGCAAUGGCGAAGUGGAGAUAGAGGGCAAAUUCGAGGAAGUUUCCAAGUCGCCAUUAUUUGACGAGCUGGUCGAGGAGGACGAAGCGGUAGAGGAAGACGUCCCGGUCUCGGGUAGUCCCAGACUGCGCCAACGGACACGCACUAUGUCUCAAGUAAGCGCAAUUAGUUCAACGGUAGACGCGAAUCAGGAGGAAAACGAAGAACAACCAGAAACCGCCGAGUUGAUGGAAAAAGGACGCGUAGCGAGCUCCGUGUACGCGCAGUACUUCCGAGCCGGCGCCGGCUGGGGCCUGUUGCUCUUGACCAUCUUAGGCAUCCUGCUUGCGCAGGUGGUCACGUCACUUAGCGACCUCUGGCUCACACACUGGAUGAACAACAUCGAGGCUAAUAUUGUAGAAAUGGAAAGGAACCAGAGCAUUGCCUCCAAUUCUUCAACCCUUGACCUUAACAACACUUCGGCCACCGCCGACUUUAGCAAUGCUUCGGCCCCUGCCGACUUUAGCAAUGUUUCGGCCCCUGCCGACUUUAACAAUACUUCUGAUACCCGCCAACUACCAAUGACCAUUGAAGAAUCGACUUAUUAUAUCUACAUAUGGGCUAUUGGAAUUCUCGGCUGCAUAAUACUUACUACCGGCAGAUCGAUAUUGUUCCUGUGGGUGUGUAUGAGGAGCUCGAUCAGGCUGCACAACCAGAUUUUCAGCAACAUCCUGGCGGCCACCAUGCGGUUUUUCGACACCAACCCCUCAGGGCGCAUCCUCAACCGGUUCUCCAAGGACAUGGGCGUCGUCGACGAGAUUUUGCCGAGGAUGUACCUGGACAGCAUCCAGGUAAUGAUGGUGAUGACUGGAAUUCUGGUGAUGGUGGCGAUUGUGAGCCCGCUCAUGUUGUUGACGACGCUCGUGUGCGGCGUGCUUAUGUGGAUCUGGACCGUCAUCUACCUCAGCACGGCACAAGCUAUUAAAAGAGUGGAAGGAGUGACGCGCAGCCCGGUGUUCUCGCACGUGUCGGCCAGCAUGGCAGGGCUGACGACGGUGCGCGCGUGCGGCGCGCAAGUCAUGCUGCAGCGCCACUUCGACGACAAGCAGGACGUGCACACCGCCGCCUGGUAUUUGACGUUAGUCACAAACACAGCGUUUUCGAUUUGGCUGUCCCUCAUCUCUGCGAGCUACGUGGUGGUAGUCGCUUAUACGUUCCUGUUCCUGAGUAACUCGGGAGAGACGAAAGCAGGCGACGUCGGGCUCGCGAUCAGCCAGGGCCUAAUCUUAGUGAACAUGGUGCAGUACGGCGUGAAGCAGAUCACGGAGGUGAUAUCGCAGAUGACGAGCGUGGAGCGCGUCACCCAGUACACAACUCUACCGCAAGAGGACACAGCCGGGCCCUCGCCUCCGUCGGGCUGGCCGCAGCGCGCCAGGCUCGUCUUCAAGGACCUGUACCUGCGCUAUGACAAGGAAGCAGAGCCCGUGCUCAAAAACCUCAACAUCACUAUUGAGAGCGGCUGGAAGGUGGGCGUGGUGGGACGCACGGGCGCCGGCAAGUCCUCGCUGAUCGCGGCGCUGUUCCGCCUGGCGCCCAUCGACGGCAAUGUUUACAUCGACGACGUCGAAACUGGCUCCAUUGCUCUCAAGGAGCUGAGAUCAAAGAUUGCUAUAAUUCCGCAAGAGCCAGUGUUGUUCUCGGCUAGCCUGCGCUAUAACAUGGAUCCGUUCGACAAAUAUACCGACGCAGACAUUUGGAGAGCUUUGGAACAGGUGGAGCUGAAGCAGAGCGUGUCGUCACUAUCGGCGGAGGUUGCGUCGGGCGGCUCUAACUUCAGCGCGGGACAGAGACAGCUACUGUGCUUGGCGCGCGCCGCUCUCGCGCGCAACCGUCUGCUCGUACUCGACGAGGCCACCGCCAACGUUGACCCCAACACUGACGCGUUGAUACAGAAGUCCAUCCGCAAGUACUUCGCGGACUGUACGGUGCUGACCGUCGCGCACCGGCUGCAUACCGUCGCAGACUCUGACCGGGUCAUUGUAAUGGAGGCGGGACAAAUCGUGGAGAUCGGUCACCCCCACGAGCUGCUGCAGAACCCGGACGGACACUUCUCAAGCAUGGUGAUGCAGCUGGGCCCCGGCUCCGAGCAGAGCCUGCGCGAAAUCGCGAGCGCCGCGCACAAGGAGCACAUACGCUACGCCGACGCCGACGACGCCCCAAAAAUUACCACUUAAAU